AGCGUAUGGUGAACCUGUGAUUUUUUUCAUAGUCUACCACUUGUGGCAGGCACGGGCAAGGCCUGCGCCUCCCUGUUGUGAAGAUGACUGCAGCUCAUCACUUCAGGAUACCUGUAUGGCUGGGGAUCUGUUUGGCUCAGGUGUUAUUGAUCACAUGCCAGGAUGUCAAGACCGAGGAAACGAAAAACUGUAAAGAUGGUGAUCAGAAUUAUUCAGAAAAUGAGAUUUGGAAGCCAGAGCCGUGCAGAAUGUGUGUAUGCGAUAACGGCCAGGUGAUCUGUGAGGAGAUCCGCUGUGAGGAUCUGAAGGGAUGCGAAAAGCUCGUGAUCCCGGAGGGAGAGUGCUGCCCUGUCUGUCAAACCUUCGCCAGCGCGCGUGGAAGGAUCGAAACAUUUGCGUUUAAGGGCCAAAAAGGUGAACCUGGUGACAUUCCUUAUAUUGUGGGAAUACCUGGAAGCCCAGGACCAAUGGGUCCCCCAGGAACAAAUGGCCGACCAGGAUAUCCAGGAAGCAAAGGAAGAAGAGGUGUCCCAGGUCCGCCUGGUUUUGAAGGAGAGCCAGGUGUCCCAGGCAUGCCAGGUGAGCCCGGUCCUGCAGGCACUCAACUGCCUGGGAUCUGUUAA